AUGGACGUGAGAUUUUACCCUGCUCCCCCGGCCAAUGUGGGUUCAUGCUCCCUACCCGCUGAUCCAAGUUGCUUGAGCUCGCUGGACUAUUAUCACUCCAACAAGGCCCGGUACAGUGUGGGUGAAAGAGGGGUCAGGCUCCACUCUGCCCCCCCUCCAGGCAUCAGUCCAGCUAGGAAAAGACUACCCACUGCUGUGUUUGAUGGUGACAACAUGUACAUGAAUGACAAUAACCAAGAGUUCCGGUCACCAAACCAGAGCUAUACCAGUCAGGGCAGAGGAAGCAAUGGUGGAGGAGGGGGAGGCGCAGGGGAUGAAGACUACGAGAUCCCCCCGAUUACACCCCCUAAUCAUGCUGACCCCUCUUUGCUGCACCUUAUGGAACAUGAGUCAGGGUACCCCUUUCACACCUUGCCUCACAAUGGCCUACUCAACACCUACUCUUACCCCGAGCUGCCCGCCCUUAUGAUGUCCAACAUGCUGGGUCAGGACAGCCACCUUCUCUCGGGGCCUAUGCACUCAAUAAGCAACGACAAGCGGUCUUCAGCAGAAAUGAUGAAACCUAAACCCAAACCGCAAAAGAAAAAGAAGAAGAAAGACCCCAACGAGCCACAGAAACCUGUCUCAGCCUAUGCGCUCUUCUUCCGAGACACCCAGGCGGCCAUUAAGGGUCAGAACCCCAACGCCACCUUUGGAGACGUCUCCAAAAUUGUUGCCUCCAUGUGGGACAGCCUAGGAGAGGAACAGAAGCAGGGUUACAAAAGAAAAACUGAGGCGGCAAAAAAGGAGUACCUGAAAGCCUUGGCGGCGUACAGAGCAAGUCUGGUUUCCAAGACAUAUAAUGAUCCAGAGCCAAAAAGUGCCCAGCAGACAAGCCAGGCCUCCCACCUGCUACCCCCCAAGCAGCCCCUGUAUAGUCCACAGCCCUCAUCACCCUACCUGGGCCCGUCGGGCUCAUUCCCUCUGUCGGACCUCCAGAGCUACGCGGGUCCGCCGCGUCACAGCUUGGCAUCCACUCUAAGCCAAUCGCAGAUGCUGCCACCCAGCAUGAGUGCCUCACCCCCUGCUCCCUUCCAGAUCAGCCCACCCCUCCACCCUCAUGCCCAGCUCUCCCUGCACCAGAGCUCCCUGCUCAAUCAGCCUAUCCGCAUGCAGCAGUCACAGCCAAUCAUCUCACACCAAAUGGGACUCCAGGCACCUUUGCAUUCCCCACCUCUCAGCCAACAGGGUUUUUCCCAUAUUCAGACUGAGUACCAGAACAGCGUGGGGGGCUCACAGUCUCCAGGGGCCCCGAACCCAGUGCAUGGCCAGAACCCAGAAUGGGAUAGUGAAUACUGCAACAGGGAUUGUGGACCCAACCCUUGCAGCAGUGGCAUGGGAGCUCGAGACAAGCCACUCUACCUCACUUGA